AUGUGCCCGUCCGUCCCGGAAUUGGAAGGACGAGGCAAAUUCUGCUUCACCAGAAAGUCAAAUCAGGUCCCCUGGGCAUCUCAGCGACGGGGGGCUUCUCCGGACCUUGACCAGGAUGAUGCCUUUGCCGAAGCAGACCGUGGGAAGGCCAAGGGGAUAUACAUGGUUCCCAGCACAGCUCCAGGACGAAGGCAUGCUUUCUUCACGGCUCACACCUCGUUUCCUGCCUUGGCAGGGCUCGCAGCAACAAAGCCAAAACUACCAGCAUGGAUGAUCUUGCAACUUGAUCGCAAUCCUCAGCGUGUGGCGCCCUGGAGGAGUUAUAACUCCCGGCCGCUGUGGCAAAAGAGGGCGGAUUUUCGAACCGCCAAUACUAUAGCACCGCAUUUCCUAGCCCCAACACUACUUUUCGCUACGCUACAGAAACCGACCCCAGCGUACUUUCUCCCGCAGUUCCCCCCUAGAGAGGCUCGGAACGCUGUAGAAUUCGUGAGGGCGGAGCUCGCGGUCUUUCCCUUUCCCACGCAGCCCAGUCUGUUCCCGUCUCGGACGAUGGAGGACGACUUCCCGCCUCCAUGCCUCCCCGAGGAAGCAGAGUGUUUCGAGCAGGAUUCAGGAAUUCCGCAGACGGCCCCGCUCGCCUACGACGAUCUGAUCCUUGGACACUCGCAGCCACCUCCCGAGCUUCCCGACCCCAUUCCCGGCACUGACCUGGGCUUGAUGCCUAACCCCGACCGGUCUUUGAACCAGAAAGUCCCGAUCCCCCGGUCUGUACACUCCACCCAAUCGAUGGCGAGUGGUCGUGUUAGCAAGGCCUGUGAGCAUUGCCGCGACAAAAAGGCCAAAUGCAGUGGGCACCGUCCAGCUUGUCAGCGGUGCCAGGCUGCGGGGACCCCGUGCUCCUAUGGCGAUCGGAAGCGAGAACGGAUCCUCAAGGAAUUCCAGAGUCUGACUACGCAGGUUCAACAUUACCAAGGCUUGCUGCGCGACUUGUAUCCACAGCUGAAUGCCUCGCCGGCGCGCCGCUUUGAUCAAACGCUGGGCCAAUUAGUCAGAGCUCCUGAAAAUCUGGAAUCUCAUGCCUGGAUAGCCGCCGCACACCAUAUUGAGGAGGACUUCAACCAUGAUGAGGCCUCCCAGGCGAUGGGCUUCGUGGGGGAGCACUCGGCGAUCACCUGGCUAUAUAGACUCAAACGCGAUCUUGACCAAGAUGAUACGCCCAUCGGAGACCCCCUCGAUCGACCCUCGAUUUCAUCGAUCAACUACUUUCAGGACACUACGCAGAUCGCGGGCCCUGACGACGCCGACGUCGAUUUUCUAGCCCGACCUCCCCAACCGAUUGCGAAUAAACUGAUCGAAGAUUACUUCCAAGCCGUGCAUCCCGAGUUCCCAAUCAUUGGCAAGGAAACGUUCCUAGGCCAAUACCGUUCCUUCUACGCGAAUCCCACCCAACGACCCGGGAGGCGGUGGGUGGCCGUGCUAAACCUAGUAUUUGCCAUCGCGACGCGGCGUGCACACCUAGCCCAGAGCUCCUCCGAGCAGGGAGCCUAUAAUCAUACGGAGUACUUUAUGCGAGCGUGGCGGUUAAGCAUGGGUGAUGCCGCGUUGCUCGACCAUCCCAAUCUACAGCAGGUGCAGGUAGAAGGCUUAGCUGCCUUCUAUCUGCUGUCUACCGGCCAAAUUAACCGGUCCUGGCGGAUGAUCGGGAUCGCGAUCCGGUCAGCCAUAGCAAUGGGCCUCAAUUUUCGGAUUGAGGGUGAUGUGGUCUCUCAUUUCUCAAAAGAGAUUCGGUACCGUGUGUGGUGGGCAUUGUUCAUGCUCGAUGCUGGGCUUUGUGUGUUGACGGGCCGACCACCCACCACCGACGAGACUUUCCGCAGCACCCCUCUUCCACUCCCCUAUCCGGAGGAAGAUCUCAACAAGGAAGAGGUUGCACAGCUGAUCACCGACCACAUGGCCCGAAAUGCACUUUUGGCGUCCUUGCUCUCUUGUAAUCCCCCAACCCCUCAGCCUCUCGAUGCCUCGACCGAACACACUCACUUAGAAAACCGUGACUUGAGUGAUGAGACCGAAAAGCGCCUCUCUGUGAUAGGGAACACCCCAGCGCCGAACAUCUCCCUGUACUUCUUAUUCACAGUGGACUUGACGGUUCUUCUUCGGGAAGCGAUCGAAAUCCUAUAUGCACCUCGGGCGGCACAGCGGUCAUGGGAGGAGACUGAGAUAGCAAUCUUUACCUUUAACACUAAUACCGACGAGUGGUUCGCCCGUCUUCCAAAAGAAUUCCGCUUUGGAACCCCGGACACCACCCGAUCCUUCAUCCGUCAACGCACCAGUCUAGGCUUCCGCUUUUAUACCACCAAACUAGUCAUCUCCCAGCCCUGCCUCCGCCGUCUCGCCUGCCAACCACACGCUACAAUCUCCUCGAGCGUAUGCGAUACCAUGGCGUCUACCUGCGUGCAAGUCGCGGGCCGGAUGUUAGAUCUGCUUCCCGACGAGGCGGACACGGACUGGCUCUACGGGGCUUCGCCCUGGUGGUGUGUCCUGCAUUAUGUGAUGCAGUCCACUACCAUCCUCCUAAUUGAGCUGUUCGCUCGAUUAAAGCCGGGAUCCACCGAGGCUGCCGGUCUUACAGAGAAGGUCCGAAAGGCCAUCCGCUGGCUGCGUGCAAUGUCGGCCAACGACCCUUCCUCUGAGCGAGCCUGGCUUGUCUGUGUGGAUAUCCUCACCCGGCAUGGGUCAAAGUUAUCACCGGAGAUCGAGGUCGCGAAUUGA